AUCAUCUGUUAGUGCCAUUAUGGUAAUGAUGGAAUGAGCUACUUUGUGUAUGUGUGUUCUUACUUAACCUAUGGCCACUUCGUUGUAAGGAAGAGUUGGCAGUGGUAGUGUAGGUUUCCCUCCAUAUUUCCCACCAGGCAGCAGCUGUACUAACAUGUGGCAGUGGGCACUGCUCCCCAUCUGCCUGGCUCUCUUUAGCACCGUGGGCAUUUGGACUGUGUUUGCUGUAGCUGUAUCAAAUGGAUCAGUCAACCUCACAGAAGGAGUCCCUUUCAUCAGUCAGUGCGGCACUUACAACCCCCAGAGCUGUCUCUUCUCCCAGAUCUGCAACAUCUGCGCUGUUUUAUCCUUGUGGAUUGUGGUGAUCCGUUUCCAGCAGGUUAGGGACUAUGGUUACCAAGGAAAAGCCAACAUAGCCAGCAUUGUUUUGGGAUUCAUCUCCGCUGCAGGAAUCUCCAUCCUUGGCAACUUCCAGCAAUCGGCCUUAAAGAGUGUUCACCUGUUGGGAGCGUUCCUGGCUUUCUUCGUGGGUCUGGCCUACUUCUGGGUACAGCUGUUUCUAACCUACACCGCUAAGCCGGAUCAGGACCGAUGCUGGGUCGGGCCUGCCAGGGCCACCGGCUGCACCCUUUGUACCAUCCUGGUCAUCGUUAUGGCUGUUCUCCACAAGACAGGCUUUCUCUCUGGGGCUGCUGUGUGUGAAUGGGGCUUGGUCAUGAUGUUCUUCUACCUCUUUGGCCUCUUUGCAGCUGAGUUCAGACACAUCGACUUCCACCACCUCACUGUACAGAAAACAGAAACUGAACAGAAACAGAAACAGAAACCGGAUGUUGGGAUUGACAUUAGCCCUGCCUCACUAGAAACCAAUGGUUGUGCCACAAAUGCAGAUAGCUGAAAUCACACACGUACAAUUACGUACAAGUGCAUGUGGUUCAAAAACGACAAUUGUCUUGUGCUGUACCUACAGUUUUUCUUUAAUGUAGUCCCAAUACCCAUGCACUAUUUCAUAAUGUAAACAUUUGAUCUGAUAUUACUAUACUGUAUAUUAUAUUUUUGUAUUUUGCCAUUUUGAAAGCUGCAAUAAUAGCAGAUUUAGCUGUAUAUUUGAGUCUUUUAACAAAAUCUGUAUUUGAACCUGUACAUUUUUAUCUCUUACUUCGUCUCAAGUGUUUAUAAGAUCUACUACCUUUUUGUGCCAUCCUGUCAUCCCAUGAUCAUCAUAUAAACAUAAGGAUAGUAAAGAACACUGUAUCUUUGUAUUUAUUUAAAAGUGCAGUGUGUAGUAUCUGGCGUCAUCUAGUGGUGAGGUUGCAGAUUGCAACCAACUGAAACUUCUCCCAUGUGCCAGGUGCGUAGGAGAACUACAGUGGCGAUGCGAAAAUCCUAUCUAGAGCCAGUGUUUGGUUUGUCCGUU